AUGUCGUCUGUCACUCGUUUCUUCUCGGCGGCAGCCGUUGCGUCGGUUGCGACGGCGGCUGUGCUUGACUUGCCGAUUAUUGUGGACAAUGGCUACAAAACCGUCGAGUUCAAUAUUGGCACGCCCGCCAAGACCUACCGUCUUCUUUUCGAUACCGGUAGCGCCUCGUCUUGGGCCGUCGAUAGUACUUGCAAGACCGAUUGUGCCAACGUGAGCGGAUACGACCGUGUGGGCUACGACGUCAACAACUCCACCACCGGCCACCUCACCGGCAACUUCGCCGACAUCCCCUACCUCGGAGGCCGCGUCGCCGGCCCCGCCGUGGACGAAGUCUGGUCGGCCGCCGGGCUCACCUGGAACCAGACCUUCAUCGCGGCGAACGAGUCCAACUGGGCCGCCCUCGCCGCCGACGGCUUCAUGGGCCUCGCCUUCAGCUCCAUCAUCGACGGCGGCGCCAACACGGUCGUGGAGACGCUCAUGGCCGAGAACAACCUCGACGCCGCCAAGUUCGGCAUCUACUACGGCACCGAGUUCACCAACACGAGCGGCAAGCCCGGCGACGGCGUGCUCACCCUCGGCGGCUCGCGCGAGGCCGACCACGUCGACGGCGAGCUCACCACGAUACCCAUCACGCGGGUCAACGGCGGCUACGACGUGUGGCGCUCGACCAUGCUCAAGGUCAACGGCACCCGCACGGCGGCCGACGGCAGCGUCGUCGAGGCGGAGACGGACUUCGACAUCGGCAACGUCGUGUUCGACACGGGCGCGGGCUCGAUCACGCUGCCCGAGGAGCAGAACCUCAAGGUGUACGAGAGCAUCGGGAUGAACUACACGGCGAUCCUCAACGGCGAGCACAUCCCGCUCUGCAGCGAGUUCAACUCGUCGUGGGGUUUCAAGUUCAGCUUCGGCGACUACCGCGACCCGCAGGUCGUGGAGAUCAGGGGCGACCAGCUGAAGAGGCCCGGGUUCGCCAACCGCGAGGACGGGUGCUGGCCGCCGUUCGAGGGCGGGGAGACGAGGGGGUUCACGCUGAUCGGCACGCCGUUCCUGCGCAACUUUUAUACGGUGUGGGAUUUCGGGGCCGCGGCGAACGAGACGGACAUCUCGCGCUUCGAUCCGAAGUUGUCGUUUGGAAAGCUCAAGGCUAAGACGAACUGA